GAAUCGAGAACAAGCCGGUUAAAAUUUAACAAACGUUUAUUAUUUAUCGGUAUUUGAUUGACCUAAAUAGUAAAUACCUAAUAAACAUAAUCCAACAGGAUGGCUAAACAUCAUCCAGACUUGAUAUUCUGUCGUAAACAACCCGGCGUUGCUAUAGGACGUUUAUGUGAAAAAUGUGAUGGUAAAUGUGUAAUCUGUGAUUCAUAUGUCAGGCCAUGUACAUUGGUGCGCAUAUGUGAUGAGUGCAAUUAUGGCUCAUACCAGGGUCGAUGUGUUAUAUGUGGGGGACCUGGAGUAUCGGAUGCAUAUUAUUGUAAGGAAUGUACAGUUCAAGAAAAAGAUCGAGACGGAUGUCCAAAAAUUGUAAAUUUGGGAAGUUCAAAAACAGAUCUAUUUUACGAACGGAAAAAAUAUGGGUUCAAACGAAGAUAGAACUAUUGUAUUUUUGUCAUCUGUUUUUUUAAUAAUGUAUGCUAUUAUUUUAUAUUAACUUUUAAAAUAAUUAAAAAAAUAAUUUCAUGUUCUCGUUUUUGACCCUAGUUUAAAUUAAUAUUUACUGAUUAAAAAUACAUUUUUUAAGUAAAAUUACUCAAAAAAUAAUAAUUAAAAAUAUUUCAUCAAUAUAGCAUUGUAUUCUAAAUCAUCACAUAGCAUUAUAUUUGUUUACAUCUAUUGUUGUGCAUAAUAACAGUUUAAUGAAUACUCAUCAAAUAGUGGAUCUUUUUUUACCACUCCAUACCAAUAACCAAUUUCAAUUAAUAAAACCAAUAUACUUAAAAUAUAACCAGCAACCAAAACAACAAAUGCCCCAUAAAGUUUUUUUAAGUCCAUAAGUGCUUUAACUUCUUCAAUUUGUUGUGGUUCUUCAAGUAUUACUGUGUCCAACAUAACAUCAUUUAACCACUUUUUCACUAACCCAGCUUCUAUAACUCUUCUCAAGAAUCUAUCAACUGCUGGUUUUAAUGGAGAAUUCUUUUGUAAUCCUAAUGAUAUUGGCAUAUUUAUUAUACAUUUUGACAUUAUAUGUAAUGUAAAAUCUCCAUUACUUGUAUCAUUCACUGUACCUUAAACAAUAAAAUUGAACAAAUAUUAACAAUAAAUUAAAAUACAAUUGUAUAAAUUAUACAUUAUACUGUUAAUGCACUAAA